AUGGUCCAGCAACUCAGUUUAUUUGGUGCAAUUGAUGAUGAUUCAUAUAGUUUGUUUGUUUCUACGAUAACGACUUUGUCUGGAAACCCACCGAUUCUAUUUGCAAGAUUAUCGACUAUAUGGAAACCAAAUCCUGAAUAUGAAAUUAAUAAUACAAAUUCCAAAAACCAGUUAGUAGAAAAGGCAAGAAUUAAUGUUUCGAAAACCCUCUCCUUGAAUUCGUUCAAUCUUCCAGAAUCAGAAAUUAUGGAUUAUAAUUUAUUAAAAACAUUACCAAAUGAUGAGAAUACCGGGAUAAUCGAUAGUUCAAGGAUAAAUGAAAUUCUGCAAAGCAAGGAUUUGAGUGCUUGGUCUUUUGCCAUUAGUGAUAUACCUGCGUCUGCUAGCAGUAAUAAUAGAAAAGUUUCUGUACAAAACAUAUCAGAAACUGUACUUUUGUCUUCCACGGGCUCAAGUUCAAAUUUGACACAUUUUAUGAACGAAUUGGCAUAUGUUUCAGAAUUCAAAUACGUAACUAUUGGUAUUAAAUUCAACUUAAAGCACAAUCUGAUCAUCGAGCUACAGAAAAUUUGGAAUGUCAAUGAUGAAAAUAGCAAUACACAAAUUACUAAAGGUGGAUUCUUAAUAAAAGCCUUCAUUAACGUCGCUAAGGCCACAGAUGUUGAUAAAAUAAACCACAAUGAAUCAGUACUCCUGAAUUUGCAAAAAGAAUUGCAAGGGUACGUAAACCUUUCUAUACCCGAUAGAAGUUCUAUGGACUCGAGAAUGGCCUACGACAUAUAG